CCCCGGCCCCGCGCGGUCACAGCAAGCCGGGACAUGGCGCGCGGCGGCAUCGCCCGCCUACUCGCCACGCUCCUCCUCUUCCUCCUGCUCGCCACGCCCCUCGCAGACGGAGCUUCCGAGGCAGAGGCGGGCCUCGCGCAGGGCGCGUCCGAGGCGGCGGCGCCGGACGCGGGCGCGGACGCGCAGCAGCAGCACCUCCUGCCGCGGCCCCUCGUCAUCGAGCUCCCGUCGUCGCGGGCCGAGGACGAGGACGAGCCCGGCGCCGACGCCGUGCCGCCGGACGUGCGCUGCGCCAGCUGGCGGCUGGCGGCGGAGGCCAACAACCUCGCGCCGUGGAGGGCGGUGCCGCCGGAGUGCGCGCCGCACGUGCGGGACUACGUCACCGGCGUCGCCUACCGCUCCGACCUCGACCUCGUGGCGCGGGAGUCCGCCGCCUACGCGCGCGCCGCCGCGCCGCUCGGCGCCGACGGGCGCGACGCCUGGGUCUUCGACGUCGACGAGACCCUGCUCUCCAACCUCCCGUACUACGCCGAGCACGGCUACGGGGCUGAGUUGUUCGACCACCACAAGUUUGACGAGUGGGUGGAGAGGGGCGAGGCGGCCGCCAUCCCCUCGAGCUUGAAGCUGUACAAUGAGGUUCGCGAGCUGGGGUUCAAGACCUUCCUGCUCACGGGCAGAAGCGAGGGGCACCGAGGCGUCACGGUGGACAACCUCAACAAACAGGGGUUCCAUGACUGGGAAAAGCUCGUACUCAGGGCAGCAGGUGACCGCAAGAAAACAGCGACAGUCUACAAAUCAGAAAAGAGGAAGGAGAUGGAACAAGAGGGUUACAGGAUCCUAGGCAACUCUGGCGACCAAUGGAGCGACCUGCUGGGGUCUUCCAUGGGUGCCCGCUCUUUCAAGCUCCCUAACCCAAUGUAUUAUAUCCCGUGACAGAAACUGGGAAACAAGGCCGGGUGAAAGGUGCUGCGUUUAUUGGAUGCACAGGCCCGGUCGAAAACAGAAAUCAUUUCGCAAUGGAAUUUAAAACUGUACAAAUGCUUCUUUCACUAACUUGGUGUACAUUACUCGACUGCAUGUGCAGUUACUUCAACUAUGUAAGAGUGAAAACGGGUCCGGGGAUCAAUGUUCCUCGAUGCAACUGUCAAACUUAAUUACUGCA